AUGACUGAGAAUAUCCAUCUGGGUGAUCAAGUCUCCAAGACUUCGGCACAAAGUGUGGAAGAAUAUAAAGGUUUUGAUUCAAAUGUUGAUGACAAUAUUCAACAUUUAGCUAGAAAAUUAACAAAUGCAUCUCAAUCUUCAUUACCUGCUGCUGCUGGUGAAGAUCAACAAUAUUAUCAAAAUAAUAAUGAUUUAGAAGCUCAACAAUCUCUUUCAAGAGUCUCUACAAUUGCACCAGGUGUUGUUGCCAUCAACAACCCUGAUAUUGAUCCUAGAUUAGACCCUAAUUCUGAUCAAUUCAAUUCAAGAUUUUGGGUUAAGAAUUUUAAAAAUUUGAUGGAUAAGGAUCCAGAACAUUAUAAAUCUUAUUCUCUUGGUAUCGCUUAUAAAAACCUUAGAGCUACAGGUGAAGCUGCAGGUGCUGAUUAUCAAACCACUGUUAUGAAUGCACCAUUAAAAUAUGCAAAUCUUGCUAAAAAGGCAUUUUUCACUUCAAAAGCUAAAAAAGAAGCUGGUAGAUUUGAUAUUUUGAAAUCUAUGGAUGCUUUAGUUAGACCUGGUGAAGUUGUUGUUGUCUUAGGUAGACCAGGUUCUGGUUGUUCAACUUUAUUGAAAACAAUUGCUUCAAAUACUCAUGGUUUUGCCAUUGGUGAAGAAGCUGAAAUUAGUUAUGAAGGUCUCAGUCCAAAAGAUAUCAGAAAACAUUAUAGAGGUGAAGUUGUUUAUAAUGCUGAAUCUGAUAUCCAUUUCCCUCAUUUAACUGUUUGGCAAACUUUAUCAACUGUUGCCAAAUUUAGAACUCCACAAAAUAGAAUUCCUGGUAUUUCAAGAGAAGAUUAUGCAAAUCAUUUAACUGAAGUUUAUAUGGCAACUUAUGGGUUAUCACAUACAAAAAACACAAAAGUUGGUAAUGAAAAUGUUCGUGGUGUUUCAGGUGGUGAACGUAAAAGAGUUUCAAUUGCUGAAGUUUCACUUUCAGGUGCAAGAUUACAAUGUUGGGAUAAUGCCACUAGAGGUUUAGAUGCAGCUACUGCUUUGGAAUUCAUUAGAGCUUUAAGAACUCAAGCUGAUGUCUUAGAUACUACAGCUUUUGUUGCUAUUUAUCAAUGUUCUCAAGAUGCAUAUGAUUUAUUCGAUAAAGUUACUGUUUUAUAUGAAGGUCAUCAAAUUUAUUUCGGUAGAGGUGAUGAAGCAAGAGAAUAUUUCAUUAAAAUGGGUUGGUAUUGUCCUCAACGUCAAACUACUGCUGAUUUCUUAACUUCUGUUACUUCUCCAAGAGAAAGAGUUCCUCAAGAAGGUUUUGAAAAUAAAGUUCCAAAAACUCCACAAGAAUUUGAAACUUAUUGGAAAAAUUCACCUGAAUAUGCUAAAUUAAUCAAAGAUAUUGAUUCAGAAUUUAAACAUCAACAUGAACAAAAUUCAAAAGGUUUAGUUAAAGAAGCUCAUAACAAAAAACAAGCUAAACAUAUUAGACCAACCUCUUCAUAUACAGUCUCAUUUUGGAUGCAAACUCGUUAUUUAUUAACUCGUGAUUUCCAAAGAAUUUGGAAUGAUUUUGGAUUCAAUUCUUUCCAAGUGUUUGCCAAUUCAUUUAUGGCGUUAAUUUUAUCAUCAAUUUUCUAUAAUUUACCUAAAACAACAGACUCAUUUUAUUAUCGUGGUGCAGCUAUGUUUUUUGCUGUUCUUUUCAAUGGGUUUUCAUCAUUUUUAGAAAUUAUGACACUUUUCGAAGCUAGACCAAUUAUUGAAAAACAUAAACAAUAUUCACUUUAUCAUCCAUCUGCUAAUGCAUUAUCAUCUGUUUUAUCUCAAUUACCUGCCAAAAUUUUCACAUCAAUUGCAUUUAAUUUAGUUUUCUACUUUAUGGUUAAUUUUAGAAGAAAUCCUGGUCGUUUCUUCUUUUAUUAUUUAGUUAAUUUAACUGCUACAUUCUCAAUGUCACAUCUUUUCAGAUUAGUUGGUUCUGCUGCUACUUCAUUACCUGAAGCUUUAGUUCCAGCACAAGUUUUGUUGUUAGCUUUAACUAUUUUCGUUGGUUUCACUAUUCCUGUUAAUUAUAUGCUUGGUUGGUCAAGAUGGAUUAAUUAUCUUGAUCCUUUAGCUUAUGCUUUUGAAGCUUUAAUGGCUAAUGAAUUUGCUGGUGUUACUUAUGAUUGUUCAUCAUUUGUUCCUGGUGAUCCAAGAUCUAUCCCAAAUAUUCCAUCAGAUGGUUUCAUUUGUAAUGCUGUUGGUGCUCAAACUGGUGAAUUUACUGUUGAUGGUACAACAUAUUUGGAAGUUGCAUAUAAAUACAAGAAUUCACAUAGAUGGAGAAAUUGGGGUAUUACUUUAGCUUUUGCAUUAUUCUUUUUAGCUAUUUAUUUAGUUUUCAGUGAAUAUAAUGAAUCUGCUAUGCAAAAGGGUGAAGUUUUAUUAUUCCAAAGAUCAACUUUGAGAAAAUUGAAAAAAGAAAAAGCUGCAUCUCAAAAUGAACUUGAAUCUGGUAAUGAAAAAGGUGUUGUUCCAAACGGUGAAGAUGUUGACAAAGAUGUUGAUGUUAUUCAUGCUGGUACUCAAACAUUCCAUUGGAGAGAUGUUCAUUAUACUGUUAAGAUUAAAAAGGAAGAUCGUGAAAUUUUAAGUGGUGUUGAUGGUUGGGUUAAACCAGGUACUUUAACUGCUUUAAUGGGUGCAUCCGGUGCUGGUAAAACCACAUUAUUGGAUGUUUUAGCUAACAGAGUUACUAUGGGUGUUGUCACUGGUGAUAUGUUUGUUAAUGGUCAUUUAAGAGAUAAUUCAUUCCAAAGAUCAACUGGUUAUGUUCAACAACAAGAUUUACAUUUAAGAACAGCAACUGUUCGUGAAGCAUUAAAAUUCUCAGCUUAUUUAAGACAACCAGCUUCAGUUUCAACAGCUGAAAAAGAUCAAUAUGUUGAAGAAGUUAUUUCUAUUUUAGAUAUGGAAAAAUAUGCUGAUGCUGUUGUUGGUGUUGCUGGUGAAGGUUUAAAUGUUGAACAAAGAAAAAGAUUGACUAUUGGUGUUGAAUUGGCUGCUAAACCUAAAUUAUUAUUAUUCUUGGAUGAACCAACUUCAGGUUUAGAUUCCCAAACUGCUUGGUCUAUUUGUCAAUUGAUGAGAAAAUUAGCUAACCAUGGUCAAGCUAUUUUAUGUACUAUUCAUCAACCUUCAGCUAUUUUGAUGCAAGAAUUUGAUAGAUUAUUAUUCUUAGCAAGAGGUGGUAAAACUGUUUAUUUUGGUGAUUUAGGUAAAAAUUGUCAAACUUUGAUUGAUUAUUUUGAAAAAUAUGGUGCUCCAAAAUGUCCACCAGAAGCUAAUCCAGCUGAAUGGAUGUUACACGUUAUUGGUGCUGCUCCAGGUUCUCAUGCUAAUCAAGAUUAUUAUCAAGUUUGGUUAAAUUCAACUGAACGUCAAGAAGUUAAACAAGAAUUGGAUAGAAUGGAACGUGAAUUAUCUCAAUUACCUCGUGAUGAUAGUAUUGAUCAUAAUGAAUAUGCUGCUCCUUUCUGGAAACAAUAUGGUAUUGUUACUCAAAGAGUUUUCCAACAAUAUUGGAGAUCACCAAUUUAUAUCUAUUCUAAAUUAUUUUUGGCCAUUUCAUCAUCUAUGUUUAUUGGGUUUGCAUUUUUCAAAGCUAAAAAUACAAGACAAGGUUUACAAAAUCAAAUGUUUGCACUUUUCAUGUUUUUAGUUAUUUUCAAUGCUUUAAUUCAACAAACUUUACCAGAAUAUGUUCGUCAAAGAGAAUUAUAUGAAGUUAGAGAACGUCCAUCUAAAACGUUUUCUUGGAAGGCAUUUAUCACUGCUCAAAUCACUUCAGAAGUUCCAUGGAAUGCUCUUGUUGGUACAAUUGCCUUCUUAGUGUUUUACUACCCUGUUGGUUUCUACAAUAAUGCAGCACCAAAUGGUUCUGCUGAAGUUCAUGAUAGAGGUGCUUAUGCUUGGUUCUUGACUGUUUUAUUCUUUGUUUAUACAGGUUCAUUUGCUCAUCUUGUUAUUGCACCAUUAGAAUUGGCUGAUGCUGCUGGUAAUUUAGCUUCAUUGAUUUUCACCUUAUGUUUAACAUUCUGUGGUGUUUUAGUUACAUCAGAAGGAUUACCAGGUUUCUGGAUUUUCAUGUAUCGUGUUUCACCUUUCACUUAUUUCAUUGAUGGUUUCUUAUCUAAUGCUGUUGCUCAUAAUGUUGUUAAAUGUUCAGAUUCAGAAUUGGUUCAUUUCUCUCCACCUCAAGGUGCAACAUGUGGUGAUUAUAUGAAGGAAUAUUUAGAAAAAGCUGGUACUGGUUACGUUGAAGAUCCAUCAUCAACAAGUGAAUGUGGAUUCUGUUCUAUUUCUUCAACUGAUGCUUUCUUAAAAGUUGUUAAAUUAGAUUAUGGUAGAAGAUGGAGAAAUGUUGGUAUUUUCAUUGCUUUUAUUGUUAUUAAUUGGAUCUUGGCUGUUUUCUUCUACUGGUUAGCAAGAGUUCCAAAGAAGAAUGAUAGAGUUAAAAGUGGUGCUGAAGCUGAAUCAACAAAUAAAACAGUUCAAAAACAAGAAACUGCUUCUAUCAUUGAAAAAGAAGAAUCAUCUUCUAAUAGCAAAGCUUAA